AUGAAAUUCGCCACGGUCGCUACCUUCGCUGCGUUAUCGGUCCCUGCCGUAAUGGCCACUACUCAUACAAUGUGCUACAACUACUUCCUGCAGAAAGAUGGAUGUGUUUUUUCUGCCGCAGCACUUGACCAAAGAUGUCCAGCUCCGGCCAAGCAACACAGUACUCCAGUCAAAGCUUUUGCUAUGGCUUCUAACUCUCGAAUGGCUAAGCGCAGCGAUGUCGCCGUUUACAAAUCCGCCUCCGAAUCCCACGAAUUGGAGCGCCGGUAUAACACCACCAGACCGAGCUUUGCGGUCGCUGGUGGUAACGGCGUUUGCGGUUACUACGAUUCGAAAAAAGAACCUGGUGUAUGUCUUUGGAGUGGAGUCCCUCCUGUAACCGUGCAAACAGCUGGAUGGCUCAACGGUGCGAAGACGUCCAACUGCGGGAAGAGAGUAUAUAUCCAGAGGAAAGGGCAGCCCAGCACUGUCAAGUUCGUGAGGGUGCUUGAUGGCUGCGAUUUCGGCACCACGAGACCUGAUCCGGGAUGCUUUGAUAUUGCUGUUACUAUUGCGCUCUUCAACCUAUUUAACCCCACCUAUGAUGAACAGAGAGCUGGUGAACUUAUUGGAGGCAUUACUUGGGACUGGGACAACCUGGACAACACCCAUACUCAACAGGCCCCGGUCUGA